AUGCAGAUGGCCUUUUGGGACAGCGUCCCGAUGUAUCAACUUCAUGUUAUGCAGCAAAAAGUCCUUAACGAUUUCUGGCUGAUUGCGCCAUGGCAGCCUCAUCUCUCGCAGCUCUCCGCGGUAGCUGCUGGCCUUGAAGCAUUGAGAGUGCAAGGAGCAGAGCAAAGCGCAGCCAACGACAAGAAUGCUGAGGUGAUCGCCGCGAUGCAGCAACGCAUCUCACAGCAUGAUGCCUUGCUCACAGGAGAUGGCCCGUCGGUGCUGUCGACUGCGGCACCGGUGGCUCGCCCCCAAGACUGGGAAGUGCAGCUGCCCCAAGGAGCGGCUUCCUCACAGCCGGUGUCCCGUGAGGAGUGUGCCGCCCUGAUCACGGAGGCGUUGCAACAGAAGGUCGGCCCCGCCCUGCAGGCAGCGUUCUCACAGGUCGGUGCCGAGCUUGUCAACCAUGCCACCAAGAUCAACACCUUGGCAGCCAAGAGAACGCUGGUGGUGAGGAACUUCCCAGACUGGGCAACAGCGGCCGAUCGGGAGCUCACAGUGGCAGAGGCUCUCAAGGAAAAUGGCCUUUCCUACCUGGAGUGGGACCUGACCACCACCACCAUGGAGGGCAACGACGGCAAGAAGUUCCUGGCCCCGAUCUCCAUCCUCACAGUCCCGACCUAUGCCGCCAGGAAAAAGGUCAUGGACGCCUGCUCUCGGGCCGUGGUUCGCUACUGGCAUGAGAUAAAGGAGGAAGGUGAGAAGUCUGAGAAGCCCAAAGAAGCAGCCGAGGGCGAAGCCGAACAGACGGCUGCCACGCCAGGGUCGGCCAGCACGGACCCUCCCACAGCCACAGCCACAGCCGCCGACGACGAGAAGAUGGGUGAGGACUCACAGACCUCACAGAAGGCCCCACCUAAGAAGUGGGAGAUGCGGACGUGGAGCUGGAACCUCCCGAUCAAGAUGGCGCCGGGCAUCACCCAGUUCGAAAGAAGGUUGGGAGCUCCAAUGCAUGGCCUGAUGAAUGCCUACCAGAAGCUGUUUGCUCGCUUCAAGAAGGAGACCCUCACUCCACGCUGGAAGACCCUUGUCUUGGAGGAUAAGGAAGGCGCCUGGUUGGGUCGCAUCCUUUACAGCCGCAAAGCUCACAGCCUCACAGGCACGGCGGGCACGGUCGCCGAUUGGGCUUGUGAAGUGCAGCUUCCGGCCGAGCACAAGGACCGCAUCCUCACAGCCUGGAGGGAUGUCUGGUAUGAUCAGCUCAAGCAGCAGAUCUCACAGACGGAAGUGGAGAAAGCGGCCUACUCCACAGCGGCCCAGCGAACCUCACAGGAGUACUCCGCGGCAGCCAGGCUCAACCGGUUGCUGACCAAAGCGGUGCCGGCCUACAAGGAACAGGGCAUCGAGAACUGGGUGGCUCGCUUUAAGUUCGAGUACCCGUGGGAGCUCACCUUUGUUGGCCUCUCACAGGACCACCCCGACCGCCAGUUCUUCCAGGACCUUCGCCCCGUCGACGAGCUUAUGGCGGAGAUGGCGGCAGACCAGGCUAUGGAAACGGAGGUUGCCGCCGGCGAGUCCCUGGUCACCUUUGCCUCACAGGGCCUCUCACAGGGCCAACACAGGCAGCACUCAGAAGGCACGGAGGGUACCUUCGACAGCAUGGAGCCGAGCGGCGAGCCCGACACCACCAAGGAGCCCUACUACCCGUUCGACUCACGGGACGAGCUCGACCAGGAAGUGGAGAACGAGAAGAUCACCCAGAUCAACCUGGGCUAUGACAUCUCGAAGUACUCCACCGAGCAGUGGGUGGAUUGGGUCAAGGGCAAGAAGAUGAAGCACCUGGGUUCUGCGGCAGCCUCAGCUCUCACAGGCCGCCCUCGGCCAAGGCUCUCGGCUUGA